GUGUGGCUGUCAAACUUUUGCUUUCGUUCAUGAUGCGACCGUAUACGAAGGUCGCGAGGCUCGUCAGCCAGGGCAUUCGAUGGAAUUCGACCGCAGCGGAUUCCCCCAAGUGGGCUCGUUAGCCAGUCGGCUCACGGUGCAAAGCUCUGCUGAGUAUCAAGUCCCGGAAAUGGAUCAAUACGCUCAAGAACGAAAGGCGCUGAUAGAAGAAAGGCGGAAACAACGGAUUGAGGAACGUGUUGCCCGUGAAGCUGCUGAGCGCAAGCAACGGGCUGCGCGUGCCGCUCAGCGGUCUCCUCCAAACUUAGCGCCGUCUGCUCCCACCGUCGCUGCUACUACGCCCACUCGGCCGAACUCCUCCGCCACCCCUCACACAAACCCAGAGGCCGAGCCUAGUGAAGAUAUGGUGGCUCACCGUAGGCAACUCCUCGAGGAAGCGCGCGCGGAACGGCGUACUGCACGACUGGCGAGGGAAGGGACUCGUCCACAGCAGACGCCUGGGUACCAGCGCCCUCCCUCCUCACCGCGCGGGCCGCGCGGAGUCGCCGCUGCUCGUGGCGAUCAACCUUCCAAUGGGACAAGAUUCCAGGACCUGGCAAGGGCGAAGAAAGGAGACCACGUCGCCCGCGGCGUCAGGAUAAAUUUGGGAAAGACUCACUUUCUGACAUGGAAAAGCCCCGAAAUCGCCAGAGUAAACCUCAAACGCCUCUUCCUAAAGGAGCGUCCAUCUUCCCGAGAUCGUCAAACACUCCUCGAGACCGUCGGUGGAGACUAUUCACGCUUCACCGCGAAAAGCCCCCAGCAUUUUGUUUCUGCUGCUGCGAAGCUUGGGCCAGGAAAGCACUCAGCAGUAGCCUCUGCUCACAGCAAGGAUAUCAUUGCGAAGAAACGCGAGGAGAUUCACGAAAUCGCGAAUACUUGGUCUGCGUAA